CUAGAAAGGGUUUAGUAAAAUUAUAAACUCUGUUUAAAAUUAGAAUAAUUUGAAUUAUAAUAUUAUUCACUCUUGUUUUUAUUAUAAACUUACUUCGAUCGUAAGGUUCUACAUGUGUACAGAAAAUGGCUGACGACUGCCCUAUUAUCAAUAAUAUGAAUACAAAAAAUGGAAAUUUUAUUUGUGGAGUUGUUGAAGGCUUUUAUGGCAGGCCAUGGACAUCAGAGCAGAGAAAGGAUUUAUUUCAAAAGCUGAAGAAGUGGGGAAUGAACUCCUAUGUAUAUGCACCAAAAGAUGACUCUAAACACCGAGCUAACUGGCGUGAUUUGUAUACAGUAGAAGAAGCCGAGCAUCUGACAAGUCUUAUAACUUCUGCUAAUGAGAAUGGAGUAACUUUUUAUUAUGCCCUUUCUCCUGGUUUGGAUAUUACUUAUUCGAAUUCAAAGGAAGUACUUACUUUGAAAAGGAAAUUAGAACAAGUUUCUCAGUUUGGAUGUGUUGCCUUUGCCCUUUUAUUUGAUGAUAUUGACCCAGAGAUGUCAGAAGCUGAUAAAGAAGUCUUCCAAUCAUUUGCGCACGCUCAGGUCUCUGUUACAAAUGAUGUCUAUCACCACUUAAACCAACCGAAAUUCCUUCUUUGCCCUACACAAUAUUGUGCAGCUCGUGCUGUUCCUAAUGUGCAAAAUUCUGAAUAUUUGUUAACAUUGGGUUCUAAAUUAGCACCUGAUAUUGAUAUCAUGUGGACAGGUAGUAAAGUGAUAUCUAGGGUCUUAACAGUUGAUUCCAUAGAAGAAGUGACCGAAGUGCUCAAGCGGCCGCCUGUGAUCUGGGAUAAUCUUCAUGCUAACGAUUAUGACCAAAAGAGGGUCUUUCUUGGUCCUUACCAAGGGAGGUCUCCAGAUCUGAUUCCUCGAUUGCGAGGUGUCUUAACGAAUCCCAAUUGUGAAUUUUGGGCCAAUUUCGUUGCUAUUCAUACUCUUGCUCAGUGGUCUCGCUGUAAUUCGGAGGCUGAACGUGACAGAAAUGAAAGUGUAUGUUCUGAUAUCAAACUUGAAACUGAAGCAGAUGAUGGAACUGAAAUUCCUACAAGAUUACCUGUUAACAUGUAUCACGCAAGGAGGGCUUUGAAAAAUGCUAUUGCAGAUUGGCUUCCUGAGUUCCACCGGAAUAGGCAAGCUUCAGGUUUUAUAACAAAACCUCAAGUGAUUACAACUUUGCCUGUGACUCCCGCUGUAUUAGCUGUAGUCCCCACUCCAUCGGUGGUAAAUACUUGUAUUGCUUUAACUACGACUUCAACUGUCAGCUCAGUGUCAACUUCUACUCCCCAGUUAUCAGCUUUGGCAGAUGUUUGCACAACGGUUAAUGGUAAUACUGGACCCAUUGUUAUGAACUCUCUUUUAUCUGAAACAAAAGUUUGUACAGAACCAAUGGAUUGCAAUGCGACACCGCCUCCGGAACCAUUAAAAUCUGAACCUCCGAUUGAGGCUGAAUCGAGCAUUAUCGAUAAACCUGAGUUGGUUGAAGAAGAUCCUAAUAGUUUAGAUGAUAAUGGUGCAAAAAUGGUCAUUGACUCAAAUUCUCCUGAAAGUAGUAUAUCUGACAUGAACGAUUGGAAUGGCCAACAGCUUAAUGCUGAAGAUGUAACACUGCUGUGUGAUCUUUUUUAUUUACCAUUUGAACAUGGAACACAGGGAAUCCAACUUUUACAAGAGUUUUAUUGGCUCUACACUAACGCCCAUUUAGCUUUAGCUUCUGCAUCACCUUCAAAACCUGAGGGAGAAGAGUGGCAUGAAAGGGCGAAAAAGCUGGAAGAGAUGAGUAAAAAUGUAAAUAAACUUUUCCAGAAAUUAAACACUAUUAGUAAUAAAGAACUAAUGUAUGAAUUAUAUCCUUAUAUUUGGGAAAUGAGGGCUGUCAUAUCUACCCUUAACUCUUAUAUAAAUUGGUUAGGUUCUGGAAAAGCGUGUCAAAUGUCAGAGAACCCAGCUGUAGGAAACUAUACAUGGUUCUCAAAAGGUUGGAAAGAAAGCUUCAUGAGCGGAGAACAAGAACCUUGGGUUUUCAGGGGAGGGCUCACUGCUGAUUUACAGCGUCUUAUUCCAAUUGACGGAGGAUCAGACCUAUUUGUAUACAAAGUGCCUCAGACAGUAAGCAGUACAAUAUAUACAAUCAGAGGAUAUCAGCCAAGCGAUAAUGAACAGAUUGUCAGUAUUAGCCAGGAACUGGCUUCACAGUCGUCUGAACAGCCUACCAGUUCCGAGUCUACUCCGUUAGAUAAGCUGUCUUUGUCUCGUUUGACCGAGUGUCUCAUCCAGAUCUCUACUGACAUUUGCUUUAUUGUUGAGGAAGAAUGUGAAGAUAAAGAAGAGAAGGCAGUAGCUGGAUAUGCUUUGGCAUUCAUUAAUGCAAAAGACAUCUCUUCAAGGACAACCUCUCAGGAUCCAUUGAUCGAAAUUAUUGCUAAUGCCUCUAAACCUCAAAAUCCAUCAGUUAUGUGUUGUGGUCUACGAAAUACUGUUACUGACCAAUCUGUGUCUAAGAGACUGAUUCUAUGCCUCCUGGCAGCACUGAGGGCUAAUGGUUCAUGUGGUGUAUUCACUUUGGUCGAUCGAAAAAAUGAUGAAUUAGUGGAAUCCUACACGAAAUUGGGUUUCCUGGAGCUGUCUCAAGACGAGGAGAACCAAUCUUCAUGCCUUGGACGAGUAUUCUAACACCUGAGGACCCUGUGCAGUCCCUCGUUUGUGGUCAGGGUCCUGAAGAGAGCCUCGGUGAGAACAUGAUGCGCUUUUCCAAUAUCAUUACUCCUCCUCUCAGUGAUAUUGAACAGUAGCAUUUUUAUUUAUAAUGGCGUGCUUCUCACUCUUAUUUAAAUUAUAUCUCGAAGACCGAUGUAAAUACAAAACGUCAUUGUUGCACUAUAUUUAUAAUCUUAGAAUGUUUGAAUUCAGAAAUAUUGUUUGUACAAGUCUGUAUAUAGAUAUAUCCCGAUCAGAAACCUAAAUUAGAAAAAAAAAGUAUAGGUACUUACGUAUUUAUUAACUUGUACAUUAUUUUAUAUUAAAACAAUUAGUAAAACUGUAUUAUAAUAGGUUCUAUGUAUGUGUCUGAGUGUUAUUUGUUUUUUACUUUUUAGUAUGUUAAAGUAAUAAUAAAUAAUAAGAAAAAUAAAAAUUAUAUAAAUAGCCACUCAAAGUUGUCAAUUAGGGCAGAAUAAGAUACAGUUAUAAUAUAGGAAGAAGCACAAUAGUUGAAAACAGAACUCGCUUAAAUAAGAUGUUGAACAUCUAUCAAUAUGGAUUUUUUAUGUAUUUAUAUUGUUUUAUUUUAUGUCUUUUAUGUUGAAGAAGUAUUGAGAUAUAUUUAUUGUAAUUAUUUAUAUCAACAUUCCAAUAUUUUUUAAUUAUGAAAGAAUAUAUAAAAUAAUAUUCUUGUUGCUUUCAUUUUAUUACACAUUUUUUCUUUUAUAU